AUGUUUAUUCUGUUUCUGGUCGUUUCUCUCAUCUCAUCGAUUAAUGCUACAUCCAUAGUAUCUCGCUCAGAGUCCUACCCACUAUCUCAGCCCGCUGUACAUGGUCCCAAAACUAGAUUAGUCAUAGGUAACGGACGCAUCGCUCCUGAUGGAUACAAUGUCGAAGGCGUCAACCGUUCAACAACUCUCGUCGAUGACGCAUUUCCUGGAACUUUGAUCACAGGCCAGAAGGGAGAUCACUUUGAUAUUGAUGUGGUCAACAUGCUCAGCGACCACUCGAUGUUCAAUGUUACCAGUGUCCACUGGCAUGGCAUCAACCAGUAUAAAACGAACCAUGCCGAUGGGACGUCCGACAUCACACAAUGCCCCAUUACGCCAAACCACUCAUUUUUAUAUUCUUUCUCCGCCCAGAACCAGGCGGGCACUUUCUGGUACCACAGUCAUUAUUCUGUUCAAUACGCAAAACAGUGCGAUGGUCUCAGGGGACCCCUGAUAAUCUAUGACCCUGAAGACCCUUUGGCAUACAUGUACGAUGUCGACGAUGCAAGUACUGUGAUCACGCUUGCCGACUGGUAUCAUGAUGCAGCCCCCAAAUUGCGCGGCAAUAUAUCUUACGCCGAUUCUAUGCUCAUCAACGGAGUCGGUCGUUAUCAUGGUGCUGAGGGACGCCGGACUAAGCCUGCUGUGAUCACUGUCACGCCAGGAAAGCGAUAUCGCUUGCGCCUGAUUCAAAUGUCAUGCGAAGCUAACGUUCAAUUCUCCAUCGAUGGCCACAACUUAACUAUCAUCGAAGCAGAUGGAGAGCUGACGGAACCUCUGGUAGUAGACCAACUCCAAAUUUUGGCGGGUCAGCGUUACUCCGUGGUUCUAGUAGCCGAUCAGCCAGUGGAUAACUACUGGGUACGCGGUAUUCCCAACUACAAUCAAACCUAUAAUGGCUCUGCUAUCCUACGCUACCAAGGUGCCACAGAGGCCGAACCGACUACGGUCGAUACCCCACCUACGAACCCAUUGCAAGAGACCAAUUUGCAUGCUCUAAUAAAUCCCGGUGCUCUAGGCAUUCCAGAGUAUGGUAAAGCAGAUAUCAACAUUACCCUCGAGGUUUCCUUCGAUAAUUCAACUUUCCAAUUCCAUGUCAAUGAUGCCACAUUCGAAUCCCCUCCUAGUCCUGUUCUAUCCCAAAUUCUUGAAGGAACAAACGCUUCUCAGCUGCAACCACACAAGAGUGUAUAUGCUCUCAAGGCCAAUCAAGUGAUAGAGUUGACGAUAAAGAUGAUAAACGCUCCAGGUGGACCUCAUCCCAUGCACCUCCAUGGGCAUUCAUUUGAUGUCGUACAGAGCGCAGACAGCAGUACCUUCAAUUAUGUGAACCCUGUUCGCCGCGAUGUGGUCAGCGCUGGGAGCGAUGGGCAGCAAACGGUGAUCCGAUGGGUCACCGACAAUUCUGGUCCCUGGUUCGUGCAUUGUCACAUUGACUGGCACCUUGAUGAAGGCUUUGGGGUGGUAAUGGCGGAAAGCCCCUGGGAUACUCCCGCACAUGUGAGCCCCGUGCCAGACGAAUGGAAACGCUUAUGUCCAAUCUAUAACGAAUACAUGAGACCCACCCUGACAGGAUCUGAGGGAGAUUUAGAUCUUGAUUGAACAACCGCCAAUGUCAUGUUAGUGGAAGGAGCACUUUCGUUCUACUCAAUAACGAUGUUAUUUGACC